UCAACAACGUUACAAGCGCAAGGAACACAAUUUGUCUGCAGUUGUCAUUUCAGUCAAGCUAGGACUAAUUCUAAAGAUUUGCUGAUAUCUAGGUUCAAAGUGAAGAGAUACCAGAUACAUUCUCCAAUCAUGAAUCACAACUCCACCAUAUGUGGACGCCAUCUUGCUUUGCUCAUUGUAUACAUCAGUCUUUGCCUGCAAGUCUUUCCAGUCCGCGGCCAGCAGAGCUUUGCUACCACACCAGUGGAUACUGAAGUUGUCGAGGGGCAAGAUGUGACGCUCGAGUGUGCCAUAGACAAUCUUCAAGGCAGCAUUAUAUGGUCCAAAGAUGACACCAUGCUUGGAUCAGACAGAACACUACCUGGAUACGACAGAUAUGCAGUUAAAGGUGACGUUGCAAGAGAAGGUAAUCUAGUAAUCCUGCGAGCUGAGCUUAGUGACGAUGCUGAAUAUCGAUGUCAUGUGACAGCUACGGACGCUACACAUCAGAAUCUACGAUCAGACCCUGCUGCUGUUAUUGUGCUCUUACCCCCUGACCCACCGGUCAUCGAUGGCUACUCCAAUGGCUCGGUCAUCACCAUCCAGCCCCCUGCAACGGUCACUCUCCCCUUACCCCCUGACCCACCGGUCAUCGAUGGCUACUCCAAUGGCUCGGUCAUCACCAUCCAGCCCCCAGCAACGGUCACUCUCCCCUGCAGAGCGAACAGUGGCAAACCAGCACCGGUCAUCACAUGGCACAAGGAUGGGGAUGAUCUGGCGUAUGGGAACCCUGAGGUGGUCUCAACACCUGCAGGAGAUCCCUCUGGUAAGAGAGUGAAUGCAGUCAGCACCCUAACCCUGAACCCAGAGAAAGAGGAUAACGGUAUUACCUUUGGAUGUCAGGUGACUCAUGGAGCUCUUUCAUCUGCUCUCUCAACGUACAUCACUCUCAACGUCCUCUUUGCCCCAGGAGCACCCCUCAUCACCGGCUAUUCGGCAGGUACCAUUGUGAAAACGGGGGACCCGCUGCACCUCCGAUGUACGUCUCUCGGAGGGAACCCCCUUGCAGAGGUAUACUGGUAUAAGAACGAUGAGAGAAUGGAUUAUUCCUUCAUGACGGACGGUGUCAGUGCUUUCAACACUCUCCCGCUUGAAGUUGAUUACAGUGAUAAUAACGCUAUCUACAAGUGUGUUGCUACCAGCGUGGUCCUACCUCAACCGAUGAGCACACAGAUACAACUCACUGUCAACUUUGCUCCAGCAUACGUGAAUAUCACCGGCCAUGAGGCAAUGGUUCAGUCAGAUGCCACGCUCACACUCAAAUGCACAUCAGCCAACAGCAACCCGGCAUCCUCCAUCUCCUGGUUCACCGGUGGUCGUCAGGCCCACACCCAUGACGACGUGGUGGUCGAAGCACCCAACGGAGGUUUUAUCACUUCGCAGGAGCUGACGAUCACGAUGACGGCCGAUACAGACAGCGUAGAUUACAUGUGCCAAGCAACCAAUCGGGAGCUGUACGAGACCACUUCGGAUACUGUGACUGUCAAUGUCAUGUAUCCACCAGAGCAUCCUGGAAUCACCGGUUACGAGGACGGCACGGAAGUCAAGGCCGACAAUCUCCUGCGUCUUGUAUGCUUUGCAAUGGGCGGCAACCCCCUCGCCACGCUGGUCUGGUACAAGAACGGAGAGGUCCAGGAAGCGGAGACCGGGACGCAAGGCAUCCUCUCCACCAGUACCUUGAGGCUUAUCUUGGACCAGACGGAUAACGGGGCGGAGUACUCCUGUAAUGCUUCCAACGAGGCCACGCCCGUCCCCCUGGAGGCCAGUGUCACCCUUAACGUCCUCUUCCCACCCAGUGCAGUUACUGUGAGUGUAGACCCACCAGAAGCCAAGGAGGGUGACAGCGUAACGGUGACGUGUGAGACGGCAAGCAGCAAUCCAGAGUCUGAGAUCUCCUGGUGGAGGGAUGGGGUGCCUAUAGAAGGCAAUAACAACAUAAGCGUUGAGGUGGUAGAUGCAGAAAACGGGGGCAAAACGACCCGCAGUCGUCUCAUGCUUGAUUCUGUUACCUCGGCCAACAACGGGGGUGUUUACCUGUGCCGUGCGAUGAGCGAUCUCGUUGUUGAAAGCGUCAAUGAUGGAGUGACUCUGGAUAUCAAAUUCAGACCAAAGAUAACCACGCCUACCGGCAUCUCUCUGAGUAGUCAUGAAGUACCUGGAGACCUAAUCCUCAACUGCUCUGCUGAAGCCAACCCAGCCGAAAUCACUUUCACGUGGCACAAGAAUGCAGCCGCGAUUGCUGUUGCCGAGACAGAGCGUUACACGCUGGACGAGGAAGGAUCGUUGCGCAUCCACAACGUGUCGCGGGAGGAGGCUGGGACGUACAUGUGCAUCGCGAGUAACUCGGAAGGAGCCAGCAAUAUAACGCUGACCCUAGAUGUGAUGUACUCUGCCAAAGUGACCACCGGGGAGGCCAUCACCAUCACCCUCAACACCCCCGGGGAGCUGGUCUGUGAGGCGGACGCUAACCCCAAGCCAGCCGGCUACAUCACCUGGACCAGACCCGGCUUUGACCUGACGGGUAACGCCCAUGAGUACGUGGAUGGGCGUGGCAUCAUGAGAGUGGACAACGUCACCAAAGCGGUCAGCGGGAUGUACCUCUGCCAUGCGGACAACAGCAUCCCGCCGGCCGACACCAAGAAUAUACAAGUUAUCAUACAGUACCCCCCUGAAGUGGAUCACUCCAUGCCCAACAAAGUAGCCAAGAGCACAGGUCAGACAGCCCUCCUCCGCUGCAAGGCCGAGGGUGCCCCUCUCGUCCAAUUUAACUGGUUUAAGGGGUCAGCAGAGGUCAAUCUGACCAGUGACCAUUACACGCUGGACAUCAGACAGGAUUUGACCUAUGCUAACCGCUAUGAGAGUCGGCUGAUCAUCAGCCAGAUUGACGAGAUCGAUGAUUACGGGACGUACGUCUGCAAGGCUUAUAAUGACCUAGGAGAAGCACGCUUUGAGAUACAGCUCGAGAAGACAAGUCCUCCGGAGGCCCCAUCUAAUCUUCAAGUGGUCAAUAUUGGUUAUGAUUCAGUUACUCUCAAUUGGACCAAAGGUUUCGAUGGCGGUUUGGACCAGACUUUCCAGGUGCGUUUCAACCAGAAAGGCGGGAAGCAGUAUCAGUAUGUGGACGUGGUACCUUCCGUUGCGACGGCAUUCACGGUGACCAACCUCAACCCCAACUCAGAGUAUGAGUUCACCGUCAGAGGGCGGAAUGCGCAGGGAGACGGGCCGUAUUAUCUCGGCAUCGUGUCGGCCAAGACAACCAUCAAGCCCACAGAGCCUCCAGUGGUGAUUCCAACACGGUUGUUGGUUGGUAACAUCCCUCUCUACAUGGUGCUCCUCUUCUCGUUCCUGUGUAUACUGAGCUGUGUCUUCAUUAAUAUCUUCCUGUGCUGCUGCCUCGUCAAGAGAAGGGAGUCAAGGAAAAGGGUCGCUGCAAAAUCUUCAUCGAUCAAGAAAACAAAUGAUGAAAUUGAGCUAGUCAAACCAAUGGAACGCCCGGAGAGCCCAGCUUACAGCGACUCCAACACCGACAACAUGUCGCAUCGAUCUGAGCACGAUGAUCGUUAUUCCUACGACAACGUCAGCUAUGAGAGACGGCGCUACGACGACUACAGCGACGGACGGUCAGAGAGUUAUGACCAUUAUGAUGACCAGCAGCCGCCGGUCUCACCUCGUGUGGUCAGCGGCCGAGGGGGGCCUGGGUAUUAUAAUAAUUCGGCUUACAGGCCACCUUCUUACGCACCCAGCUGGGAUUCUUACGAAAACCCACCAAGCACCGGCCUCUCCGAAUCCCAAAUCGAUGACAACGAGGAACGAGAGUACGCCGACAUGCUACGACGUCAGCAGAAGGCACAGUACAUGGGCGGGGCCUCGCACCCCCCUACUGCCCCCAGCCCCGUUCCAAGCAGCCUGGGCAACUUUGUUCCGCUACCCAAAGGGGGCUCUUCUGCCCCUAGCCAAGUAGGUAGCGAAGAAGGGUACUUGGUGUAGUCCCCCAAGGAUCAGUUUUUGUAACGAUC